AUGGCCCGUUGGUCCCGCGACGGUCCAGAUGGACACGGAUACCCAGAAAGGGAGGGAGAAGGAUCAGACCAGGUACGGAGAUAUGUUUCCACCGGCGGCCGCCAGGGGGGAGAGGACUUGACAGAGCUUUGCGCUCUGCUCGCAAACAAGGAUAACACCAAGGACUCAGGAGAUCCGUACUUUGUGGAAACGCCGUAUGGUUUUCAGCUGGACUUGGACUUUCUCAAAUAUGUCGACGAUAUUGAGAGGGGGAACACCGUCAAGAAAGUGAGCAUCCAGAGGAAACCCAAAGGGGCCCAACUCGGGGUGCCGUCGGCCCCGCGCAUCGGCACCGAAUGGACGUCUGCCGACUCGCUUUCGUCCUCCAACAGCGACGAGAAGCAGUCCCCGGUUUUGGUGGACCACAAAGCCCGGCUGCCGCCCCCCCUCAGGAGGUCCAGCGUUGAAGCCGCCCCCCAGCAGUCUGAAGCCAAACCGCUCCUGCCGCCGCCCUCGCCCAGGUUAACGUCGCGCCGCAACCCCCACGUGGAGAAGACGCUGAUGGAGACCCGGCUUCGUCUGGAACAGGAGCGUCUGUUUGCGGAGCCGCCCCGCCGACGCCUGGCCAGCUUCGGCGGGACGGGCUCCAACAGCUCGCUCUCGUCCUACUCUGGCUCUGUGGUCGCCAGCCAGAUCUCCCCCGGCGCCCCGCAACCUCUGCCUCUCAACGGUCACUUUAACAAUGGAGACUACAACCCGUACUACCCGCCGUCCGUGGGCAGCUCCAUCCGCCACAGUCCCCUGAGCUCCGGCGUUGCCACACCAGUAACCAACGUCAGCCCACUGCAGCUUCAGCAGAUCCGCGAACAGAUGGUGAUCGCGCUACGGAGGCUGAAGGAGUUGGAGGAGCAGGUCAAGACCAUCCCUAUCUUGCAGGUAAAGAUCGCUGUUCUUCAGGAGGAGAAAAGACAGUUGGCCACCCAGUCCAAAGGUCCCAGUGCUUUUCGCAAGCGCUCCUACAGCGUGGGCAGCGCUGACCAAAUGGAGAACCCGGGCCUGGUCCAAAAAGAGACUGUGCUGCACAUCGUGGAGCCUGAAGCUCAGCAGCAGAAUGCUCAGCAGCUCGAGGAAUUUCGACGUCUGGCUGCCCAAGUCCAAGCUCUGGAGAAGACCACCCUUGAUAACGAGGAUGCUGAAAUUCCCACGCAGAAAGGCAAUCGAAACGAAGCCUUUCAAAAGUCUGUGGGCGUGGUCACCGACGAAAACAUGAACAAUGUACGAAUCCAGCUGAUGAAACCACCCAAAGAACAAGGCCGCCGGGACGCGGCUGUUGCUACGGAGCGCCUGGAGGCCCGCGACGCUACGAUGGGCGUCGACGAGACCAUGCUGGGCCUGUCCAACGAGACCGAGGCAGAAAUGGAGCUCCAGCAGCAAACCAUUGAGACGCUGAAAGACAACAUCUACCGCCUGGAGGUUCAGCUGAAAGAAACCACUCACCAGAUGGAGAUGACAAAGCUGAAGCUGGAGCUCCACGCGGCUGGCGGCUCUAACAAAAAGAAGGUGGAUAAGGGCUUUAUGGUCAGGCCUGAGACCUAUAAUGCCUCCGUGGAGGCCAAAGUCCCGGUGCAGAACCGGGGUGUCGGUGACCAGAGUGUCUCCGGAGCUCAGAAUUCAUCUGUGGCAGUGUCUUGUCAACCUAGCGUGCGUAGUCUCGGCACAGGACCAGAGCUGAGCUUGGAGACGACAGACGAGCAUUGUCACGUUAAGGUCUGCGAGGUGGGAACCAUUACAGCGGAAUCUCUAGACUGCUGGGCCUUCUGCAAACCUAUGACUGAGUUACUCAAGGACUCUCGCUCGAUCGGCAGUGGGGAUUGCUCAGUGGAUGUCCAGGUAGCCCCGCUCAGGACCACAGUGUCGCAAGGAACCGACCCGAAUCUGGCGGGGAAAGCAGACUCUUGCGUGAUGGCGGCCCCCCAGUCGGCCACUCGAGAGACCAACACAGAGAUGGAAGUGGUCACAAGGUUUACCAACACCAAAACGCCAGCGCUGACAGACUCUUUCACCAACACGGCUCCCGCUGAAACACGAACAGUGGCCGCAGGCGAGGGUCUCAUCAAAGACGGGCCUUUGGCCCCAAAGGUUCGCUCGGUCGCCGUGGGGACCGAGUCGCUCCUCGACCGUUCCUGGGCCGCCAAAACCAAAGAAUUCGGCGUGGGACCAGUCAGCGUUAACGAGAACUUCCUUGUCGGCUUAAAAACCCGGAACAUCGCGUGCGGACCCUCGGGGUUCCCGGAAGCCGUCGUGGAGGCAAGGGGUGACGCAGCAUCGCUGCCUGUCGCUGACGCGCAGAGAAGCGCCUGCCUGGACCAUUACAUCGAGAGGGUGCAGAAGCUGUUGCGGGAGCAACAGACGCUGCUAGCGGAGAACUACAGCGAGCUGGCAGAGGCCUUCGGUCAGCCGCAGUCCCAAUUCGGAUCCAUCAACAGCCAGCUGGUCAGCACACUGUCCUCAAUCAACUCUGCUAUGAAGAGCGCCAGCGCCGAAGACCUGCUAGACCUCCGAGCUGCCACCGCCCACACAGAGGGAGCGCUGAAGACGCACACAGAAAGAGCUACCAAAAUGCCGACUCAGCACCUGAGCGCAGCUGAGCAAAAGAGUCGCAUGGACCUGCAAAUGUCCACAGCCCUACAUGGUCAGCCGUGUGGCGCCAACGCUCUCAAGUCCAUCAUGAAGAAACAAGACGGGCGAGCAGACUCCAACUGCGCCAAGAAGAACUUGCAGUUUGUCGGUGUCAACGGCGGCUAUGAAACCACAUCUAGUGAUGACUCCAGCUCUGAGGACAGCAGUACCUCUGGAUCUGAGGAUGAGCAGGAAGAGAAGGAAGGAGAUAAGGAUGUGGUGGAAAAGAAAGAAGCAGGAAGUUUGGAUGAGCAGGAGACCAGAGAAAGGUACGAGUUCAGCGAGAAGAUGCUGGCAGCGUGCAACGUCAUCAAAGUUCACCUCAGCCAGCCUGAAGACGUCAGCGCUAAAGACCUGAGGGCGAGCGUCAACACGGUGCAGCACGAGUGGUUCCGCGCCUCCAGCCAGAAAUCUGCAUCUGCGUCGACAGUUUCUGAUUACUUGGCGGCGUUCCGCGCCGUCUCUCCAUCCGUGCUGCGCCACGUGGUCAAUGCGGCCGAUGGCAACGGCAACACAGCGCUGCACUACAGUGUGUCGCACUCAAACUUUCCUGUGGUGAAGGAGCUGCUGGACGCCGAUGUGUGCAACGUCGACCAGCAGAACAAGGCGGGCUAUACGCCAAUCAUGCUAGCCGCGCUAGCCGCUGUGGAGACACCCGCCGACAUGCACGUCGUGAAGGAACUCUUCGGAAAGGGCAACGUCAACGCACGGGCUAGUCAGGCGGGCCAGACGGGUCUGAUGCUAGCGGUUAGCCACGGUCGCAUGGACAUGGUGCAGGCCCUGCUAGCGCACGGCGCCGACGUCAACGUGCAGGACGACGAGGGCUCCACGGCCCUCAUGUGCGCCAGCGAGCACGGACACGCCCACAUCGUCAAGCUCCUCCUGGCCCAGCCAGGCGCCGAUGCAACCCUCAGCGACAGCGACGGCAGCAACGCUCUGUCCAUCGCUCUGGACGCCGGACACAAGGAUAUUGCUGUCCUGCUUUACGCCCACGUCAACUUCGCCAAAGCGCCGUCGCCAGGAACCCCUCGGAUGGCCCGCAGGAAGUCUCCGAGCCCCACUCGCAGGAGCGCCUUCGAUUAA